CGGAGCUUUAAAGUCCAGCACGACCCCAGAAGGGUCCCUCGAGCCUUAUUUUGUUAAGUACCUGACUGAUGAGUGUGUAUUGGCGCGCUGGAGUUGGCAACACUUGUUCUAAUGCCAGUAAACGGGUUAAAGCGGCUCCUGGCCAAAAUAAAACCCCACACACCAGCUGCUGUUUUACCGAUUAGCCCACCUUUAGCCAACUCAUCACUGUGCUCGGGGGGUGGCGACUUGGAUUCAAUGUCAAACUUACGUCUUCUUGGGUUGGGAAGAGGAACACGCUGCUCCGCUCCUGUCGGUUCCCCGCUGGCUGGAUAAUUCAAAACAACCGCGAGAGGAGAGGAGAGGAAAAAAAAGAAGAAAAAAAAAAAGGAGGGAGGGGGACGGGACAAAGUAAAAGGAGUCUGGCACAACCCGCGCAUGUUGUCAAGAGGAAAUGGUAUGCAGCUAAGGCCGGGCUGUGCCUCCCUCUGUCCCGUAGCGAUCGCCACAUCUGUUCUCAUUUACACACACAACGACAACAACAACCCGUUUAUCAACGGGGACGCCGGGCUCUGAUUCACUCAUUGGGGAAGUAUCUCUACCCGGUAUGCCCGAACAGCACACCUAACACGGUCAACGGCUGACGAUGGCUUCGGCGCGGAUGGUCGGCAAAGUUGCGGCGAGACUUUUCGGAAGUCUGCAGCCUCUUCGCCGCGGCCUCAAAACCACUCGCCCGGCCACAUUUCUCGACCAGGUUCAACAGGGGCGGCCUCUACUUGGAAGUUGUCAGGCUCUUUUCUACAGUACACUCCCGCCAUCCAGUGAUGUGUCUUUGAAGUACAAAUAUGGCCGCCUGGUUCUGGAGGUCCCGUUGCCAUCUAGGAAUGAGAAGUGUCUGUUCUUCCUCAGACCCAUGCUGAUGAGUGUAGGAGACCUGAUCGCAGAUCUGCAGAGAGAGGACCCUGGAGCUACUGCUUCGGUAUUUUCCAAGGACGGAGAGCGUGUAGCCAACACCACGCUGAUAGACGGUCUGCUGGACAAGGACUUCCAGCUCGUCAUCAACGAUGCAGUUUAUGACGUCCAGUCGCCUGAAAAGGUGUGUGUGUCCAGUGAGCACGCCUUGGAGCUGGAGGACAUGAAACAUGUUGUGCAUCUGCUACACACAGCGCUCCACCUGCCUGAACACCACUUGCUGAAAGAGAGGGAGCUGCUGGAGAAACUGGACAACCUCAAACAAGAACUUUCGCCUCUAGAGAAGAUGAAGGCACAGCUGUCCCAUACAUCAGACUUCAAGACAUCCAAGGUUCUCUGGACCGGCAUGGCCCUAUUAUCUGUGCAGGGUGGCGCUCUGGCCUGGCUCACCUGGUGGGUCUAUUCGUGGGAUGUAAUGGAACCCGUCACUUAUUUCAUCACCUACGCCACCAGCAUUGGAGCCUUCGCCUAUUACGUCCUGACCAAACAGGAUUAUUUGUACCCAGAUGCUAAAGACAGACAGUUCCUGCAUUACUUUUACAAGGGGGCCAGCAAGAAGAAAUUCAAUGUGAAAAAAUACAAUGAGUUGAAGGAUGAACUGGCUCAGGUGGAGGAGGACCUGAGGCGUCUGAAAUAUCCAACUCAACUCCAGCUGCCAAUCGAACAGAUCCAGCCAAAGCCAUGAACGAAGCCAAGCCACGAAAGAGUCGUCGCUCACACUUACACGCUCCGGAGCAAAAACAAUUUUACAGCUUUAUUUUGAUAAUGGCCCCUUUUUACCAGGAAUCCAUAAAUCAUUGUGUUUUGUUUACAAACUUGAUAAUGAUGCCAAUUAGUAUAUCUAUAAGAAAAAUACAAACUACUGGACUGUUGAAAUAAAAAGUAUUUCCCCAACAUUGA